AUGGCUUUUGUCGACCCGCGCCAGUCGACCCAGCCUCAUCAAACGGUGACAACUAUCAUAGUUACGGCUCUGGCCAUCUUUUUUGUCUUCCUCCGACUGCUAGCUCGGGGUAGGAAGCGUGUACGGCUAGGCCCCGAUGAUUACACGCUCAUUGUCGGAUUGCUGUCAACCUCGCCUGUCUGGGCCAAUUCCCACAACUGCAAUGAGCUGAACCAUACUGACGGUGUCUGCCUAGGUAUUCACUAUGGGAUGGGCCGCCACACGUCCCGCAUUCCACCGGCCGAUCUUCUCAUUUUCUCCCAGCUCCUAUACGCAUUCGAGCCUCUCUACAUCACCACGGUCGGCAUCAUCAAAAUCUCCGUUCUUCUGAUGUAUCAUCGCAUCUUUCCAGUCCGUCUCAUCCGCGUCGCGGGCAUCCUCCUCGCUACCAUCACUGUCGCCUGGGUCAUAUCCGUCGACCUUGUCGCCAUCUUUCAGUGCACGCCCCUGGAGAAAGCGUACAAUACCCCCCUGGCUGGUCACUGCAUAGACCUCAAAGCCGCGUUGAUCGGCAAUGGGGUUCCGAACUUCGUCACGGACAUCUGCAUCCUCGCCCUACCAGGUCCGCUCAUUUGGAAAAUCCACGCAGGUUUCAGCCAGAGGAUCUCAAUCUUGCUUGUCUUCCUGAGCGGGAGUUUGGAGGGCAAGCCCUCCACGCUGAUUGUCGAAGUAGACAGUCCGAAUGCGGUGAAUAUCCUCCUCCGCGGAGGCUUCGUACUUGACGGCAAAUAUUUUAACACCGGCUACUACAACCGCAAUCAGCAGCUUUUACAGUACUUUAAAUACCAGAAAUACAGCCAUAUUAAGUAA